GACAUGAUUAUUGCUUCGUUGUUAUUAUUGGUUCAAUUGUAUUUAAGCACUGGAAAGUGGAGGAAAUGCCGGUGAAAAUCCUCCAUAGAAUAAAUGAAUUAUCAGAUCAGAAUUCACAUAUAGCCAAGCAUCCUGGCUCUUUGCAAACGCCAUCCAUCGAGCCAAGAUCGUAAUAUACCUCUAAAUGAUCCUACUACCACUCUGUAGAUUCACAAUAGAAGAUUCUUUUCGGUGUAGAAGUACGAAUGAACGAAUCAACAUCAGGAACAAAUUUGUCAUACCCUUCAUUCCCCUCUUCCACAUCGGCACUUACCCAAGCCAACCUCGGAGAUACCCAUAUCAAAUCUCCUUGAGUUUCCUCUUAGCUAAAAUUAACGGAUCUGAAGUUCCCCCUCUGAGAUAACUAGCGUUCUGCAAUUGUUCCAGAGGAUUCUCUUUAGUAAUUUGUAGACAACCAAUGUCCAGAUUCACAUACAAGUCUUUGAAUCCAUCAUCCUGACUGCCAUGAAGCAUCUCUAUUUUGACACAUUGUGGAGAGAUUGAGGCUCAUUCACUUGAAGAUAGCAUGUGAAAAACGCCUAAUGCCAAUGUCCACUGGUUAUUUAAGUCUUCGAUGGAACCUGUUUUGAAAAUUUCCUCUUUCCUUCCACAAACUCAACCGCAUUCCUUUUGAUAAGUGUCUCUCCUCCUCUUUGAUUUAGAUCGUCUGUUUAUCUUCGUACAUUUUGUACAUCACUUUCUUUCAUACAAACAUACACUCCUUUAGUACAGCAAGGCUUCACCAUCUUUCAACAUGCAGUCUCUUGCAGUUUCGCUCCUUUGCGCUUUUUCGUGCUUGGCCUCAAUGACCAGUGGUUACAAGUUGGUUCAUAAUUAUGAUCAUACCAAUUGGUUCACUUCCUUCAUCUAUGAGGAUGCCGCCGACCCAACCAAUGGAAACGUCAACUAUGUCUCUCUCGCUGAUGCUCAGAAGCUUGGUUUGACCAAGGUCAUCGGUAAUCAAGUUUACAUGGGCGUUGAUAAUACUACUGUUCUCUCCGACAAAGUCAAUGGAAAGCGCAAUAGCAUUUGGGUUGAAUCUGUUCAUGAGUUUACUCAUGGUAUUCUUAUUGGUGAUUUCGCGCACAUGCCUGGUAGUGAUUGUGGAACCUGGCCUGGUUUCUGGACAAUUAGAAACGGUGACGGCCCUUAUGGUGAAAUGGACAUUCUCGAAGGAUCCAACGACAUCACUCAAGCUUUCAUCUCUCUCCACACCGAGAACGCCUGUAGCUUCAACUCUCCUAAGUCUGCCGAGCUCGGAACUCUUAACAACGGUAAUACCGACUGUAAAUUGUCCAACGGCGCAGGAUGUUCUGUUGAAUCGACUGCUAACUCUUACGGUACCCCUUUCAACAAGAAUGGUGGUGGUAUCUAUGCCAUGCAAUGGACCUCUAACUUUAUCCGAGUCUGGUUUUUUGCACGCAGCAAGAUCCCAGCCGAUAUCACCGCUGGCACUCCAGACCCAACAAAGUGGGGAACACCUACAGCAAACUUCGAUAGUGCGGAUGGUGGUUGUGAUAUUGAUGCUAAUUUCCCUGCUCAGACAGUCGUAAGUCUUGUUCUUUCUUUUAUGCAUCUUAAGUUCUACUGCUUCAAACUUCCUCUUCUCCUCCCUUAGCCCUACUCUUUCCCUCUUCAUUCCCGAUUCCACCAAACUGACUCCCACUCUAGUAUUUCGACACCACUUUCUGCGGCGCAGGAGCUGGUGGCCAAGCCUGGUCCGACUGGUCCGACUGCCCCGCAAAGACCGGCUACUCCACCUGUCAAGAGUACGUCGCCAAGGUUCCCCACGCCUUCGAUGACGCAUAUUGGCUUGUCAACUCGGUCAAGAUCUACCAAUAGACUUGACAAUUCGUUCUCCUCCUCUUCUUCUUUGUUCGUUUGCAUUCAUCUUCGUCUUCAUCACAUAUAUCGCGCGACCCUCCAACUUUAGGAUUUUUAGCAUACUGGUACUUGUUAUAAGUGUGAUAUGUAUGAAUGAGAUGAAAUGGAUAGGAUCUAUAAAAGCAAGACGGGAGUCGAGGAGUUAUUUCAUUUAAACAAAAGUUGUGAUUUCGAGUGCAUCGCAUUGCACGGAUUUCGGAUGAGUUUAUGGUGUUAUCAUGUUCAUAAGGGAGGACCGUUCGAUUUCUUUCUACUUCUGUGACUUCUAAGAUGUGUUCUUUCUGAUUGCAUUGUGGAGGUUGGUUGGUUGAUAGUUAAUUGUAUUCUGCUUCCCACGUUUUAUAUUGCCAAAAUUUGAUUGUGAUACA